AUGGUCUCUUUAUUUGCACGUCAAGUUUCAGCCAUUCCUUGCUCACGAAAAAAGUUUGAGCCAUUCCCUGGGAAGAAAGCUGGUGAACAAGAUAGUCAAGAGCUCAUGGAAGAUGGCAGUGCUCCAAGACGGUCUACUCCCCCCACCACCCGCAGAAGCAGAUCUGCUGAGUUCCACAAUUUUUCAGAAAGGAGGAGAAGGGAUAGGAUCAACGAGAAGCUGAAAGCAUUACAGGAGCUUCUUCCAAACUGCACCAAGACCGACAAAGUUUCGAUGCUAGAUGAAGCGAUCGACUACCUAAAAUCCCUUCAGCUACAGCUUCAGAUGCUGGUCAUGGGGAAGGGCAUGGCACCGGUGGUUCCUCCUGAGCUGCAGCAAUACAUGCACUACAUCACGGCUGACCCUGCCCAGAUGCCUCCGUUGCGCCCCUCCGGGCAGCAGCCCCGGCAAUUUCAGAUAACUCAAGCCAACCCCCAGCGACAAUCUAACGUCGAGUCAGAUUUCUUGAGCCAGAUGCAGAACUUGCACCCUUCUGAGCCACCUCAGAACUUCCUCAGGCCGCCGAAAUUGCAACUCUAUACGCCGGAACAGAGGGGUGGCUUACCUAGCACGAGCCACAACACUGGCUGGAUUUCUGGGAGGAGUUCCUCGUAUAACUUCAUGGAGUGA